AUGUACUACAACGGAUCAAUUGUACCACAAGAAGAUGUUCUCGUCAAGUUCUUCGUCCGGGCCCUCAUUCGCUUUCAACGCCUUGUCUUGGAGGCAGUUGCCAUCAUCGGUGUGCGUAAAGUCAUCUUGAAGGUUGGAUGCGUGAAAAGCAGGAAACAACUCAUCGGUAUCGAUUUAGGAUGUUUCGGUAGCCGGAUUACCGUUGUCUGCCCUUCCACGUGCCCGGAUGACCCUAUAUACGAGACCUUGGUACGCGCUAUUGGUCCCGCUGUACCAUCAGGCGUUGGCGGCACAGCGUGGCAUCGCUUCGACUUCCUGGCUAACGGCUACCCUCUUGACGAUGAUGCCCCAGCGUAUGACGCUGAUGUCAGUUGGCGAGAGUUCGAGCCCGUACCUCUUAAGUACGGGGUUUACUUACUCGCGCAAGAGCUGGACAAGACUGUCGCGAAACAUCCGAUGGCGCAGGAGCUCGCAAUCUAUGAUUCGCCCGAAUUACGGGGAAGAAUGAAAUCCGCACUUGUAGCCAUGUUGAGAAACAUGCGCGCAAGAAAGGACGCUGUGUUGGCAGACGAUUGGGGCCGAGCCUUUACCGAACAUCAAACGGUAGAUCAGAUCUGUAUCACUAUUCCGGCACUCUGGAACUCUUCGUUCCAAAAGGUCUACCUCAACCUGGUUGCUGAAGCGUUCGACUAUAAUCCCCUUUCGGUACAAGAGCAUGUUACCUUCAUCACAGAGUCUGAUGCACGGGCUCACGCGAUGAUUGGUCCUCUUGUUCGUACAGAUGGCAAGGAGGAGGUUGUCCUGGUCCUAGACUUCGGAGGUCACAUGAUGAAUGGCUCAAUGUUCUGGGUAGGCCCCAACGAGAGCGGUGAAGGAGGUGGCACCAGCAAGCGAUUUUUUCGGAUCGGAGACUCAUUUGGAGCUUGCGGAGGUCAAGAGCUACUGAUGCAUUAUCUUCUUGAAUACGUGGAUGACCUGCUGUCGUCAAACAUUGGCAGGGUAUUAUCCACAAGAGAAAGAGCCGGCUUACGUGUUAACAUCACAAGAAUCACCAGGGAGCUGGACGGAUAUCGCACAUACUUCGGCCUCCAUUCGUCAAGACCGUUACUUUUCACCACCGAUACAGGUGAAGUUGUAUCACUGGAGAUUUCCGGUCAGGAAUUCUAUCAUUUCAAAAUGAGUGCGUACCGGCAUCCAUUCAAGGUUGCAGCUCAGCAGUUUGCGCUUGUCAAAGAAUUCACUCAAGAUCGAGAUGUUGUGGGAAGUGUGAUUAUAUCAGGUGGAAGCCCGGAGUGUGGGGGUUUAUGUUGUUCCCUCCGAACAUAUCUGAGCCAUCUGGCUCGACAAGCAGGGCUUGGGCGUUCCGUCAUCUGGCCAGUUUGCGACGAACCCGAAGAAGGAUCACUGACCAGGGGUGCAACUCGUGCAGUCGAAAUUGCUCUGACUUCCGAACAAUUCAUGACUCAAGGGGUCGGCAUCGGCUUGCAAAGAAAAAGGCCGGGUGCACCAAAGUGGGAGGAUGAAGCUCCGAUGAUACUUUAUUAUGACAUUGUGGCCAAAGAGUACCGACAAAACAAGUAUACAAGAGCAGGGCCCCAAGUCGAAGGUACCCAGUUUCGUCUUCUCUGUGACCCUAUCUACCACGUCAGGCCAUGGGACAAUCCAUUCUCGAAGCAAACGUGCCCAGAGCCUAAACCCAAAAGCAAGGCAGAAAGAAGCCCGGUCGAUCUACAUCGAUCCUAUGUGUUGUUUGACAACCUCCCCACAGCCCAGAAGCGCGAUAAGUACGAGUGCGAGGUUUCCAUCCAGGGCAGUGGCAACGACACGUUCGUGAUAGUCAAGGUUAAGCAAACGGGACCGUCCAAGAUAUCACGUGUAACCGACCUUCGUCUCCGCCUACACUUUCAGCCGGGCCCCAGGCGUGCCAAGGCCACCAUGGAAACAGCGAAAGCCGAUGAUGAAGAACUAGAAAUGGAAGAGGCUGCUUGA